AACAAAAGAGUUAUCCCGAACACCUCAUGGUGUUUCCUGCGAUUGAGUAAUUUUUCGCGAGCCUCAAAUUUUAAGAUACACGUGAUAGCAAAGCCAAAAAAUGGCUGUACGUGCUCAGUUUGAAGGAAAUAAUGAAGUUGGUGUGUUCUCAAAGCUCACAAAUGCUUACUGUCUCGUUGGAAUUGGAGGAUCGGAAAAUUUUUACAGUGUUUUUGAAGGAGAAUUGGAAGCUAUUCCAGUUGUUCAUGCAAGUCUUGGAGGAUGCAGGAUCAUCGGGCGAAUGUGUGCAGGAAACAGGCAUGGAUUGCUGGUGCCAAAUUCAACAACAGACCAGGAACUUCAGCACAUUAGAAAUUCUCUUCCAGAUUCUGUUCGUGUACAAAGAGUUGAAGAAAGAUUAUCUGCUCUUGGAAAUGUCAUUGCAUGCAAUGACUAUGUGGCACUUGUUCACCCUGACCUGGACAGAGAAACUGAAGAAAUUAUCACAGAUGUAUUAAAAGUAGAGGUGUUCAAGAACACAGUAGCAUCCAAUGUAUUGGUUGGUAGCUACUGUGCCUUUAGCAAUCAAGGUGGUUUGGUUCAUCCAAAAACAUCAACAGAAGAUUUAGAUGAACUGUCCUCACUCUUACAAGUACCUCUUGUGGCUGGCACAAUAAACAGAGGAAGUGAUGUCAUAGGAGCUGGACUUGUUGUGAACGACUGGAUUGCAUUCUGUGGUUUGGAUACCACUGCUACAGAGGUUGCCGUCAUUGAAAAUAUUUUCAAGCUUGGCCAUGGUCAACCUUCUGCCAUUCAGACAGAAAUGCGAGACUCUCUUCUGGACAGCAUGAUAUAAAGCAGUUUUUGCACCUGAAAAACAUACCUGUGAAUCUUACGCAAAGAAAAUAACCAGUUUCUGGUCAAGUGACCUAUACUAAUUUUUUUAAAGGUAGAAUGAACAAGAUAAUGAUUACAUUAUAGACAGGAAGUUCAAGAAAAUGUGUUCAUUAGCGGUAAUAUGAAGAGAUAAAAAGAUCUAGCUAAAGGAAAUGCCUUGAGAUAGUUAUCAGCCUGUGAUAGUUCAGGCUUAUUCAGCUUUCUUUGCUUAGUAAGUGGACAGAUUUGUGGGGAAUAACUCACUUAAUCUGUUGUAUUUGUAACUUGGAAAUUUUAACAAUUUGUGUAGCUCUCUUAAAAACUGGGGUCAUUAACAUUGAUAGUGUGAACAUGUGAAUCAAGAUUCUUCAUUAAACUCAUAUCUCAAAUUCUU